UCGAUAUCAUCAUUCAUAACAAUGAAGAUACUGAUCGCUGUUAUUGUUGUCCUCUUUGAGACAGGCAUUUGCCACUGUCGUAAAUGCGAAGGGGGGAAUAACACUUUCUGUUGCAGUGGACAUAUUUGGAAUGCUGAACUGAAAUCUUGUACGCCCUGCAAUAUAGGAUACCACGGGCAGCACUGUGAGAGUCGAUGUCCCUAUCCUUUAUAUGGGAAACACUGCCAGAUGAUAUGCGUGUGCGAAGAAAAUGAUUGUCAUCACGCACUUGGUUGUUACAAUGCAAAUCAAGAAAGGAAUGGGCUGUAUACCGUUGACAUUUUAAGAAAGACAAUAUUAGGGAAUAACGACAAAAGAACAAAAAAGAAAACCCAUGUGAACCAAUCAACAUCCGCAGGCACUGACUUAGGUUUUGACAAAAAAGAAUGCGAAGAUAGGAGGCAUCAUGGCAAAUCUGUUAGCACUAUAAAGACGACCAUUGUUUGUCUUUUUGUCCUUGCUGGCAUACUCGUCUUGCUGUACACGGGAGCGCGCUUUAUGGUGACAAAAUAACAACACUCGCUCUAUUAACUGAUGUUAAGCUAUUGUUUUUCCAUGGACAAAUACUAAAUGUAAGAUAGAAAAUAUCUCUAUGCAAUUGAUC